AUGGAUCGAUGUUUGAAAACGGGUCGUUUAGAAACGAGACAUGAUAAUCGAGAUGAUAGUACUGAAAGCUGUAAUGAGGUACCGUUUCACGAGACGAAAAACAAAGGAAAUGCUGAUAGAAAAGGGAAAAAGCGAAAAUAUGACAGCGACUAUCUACAAUUGGGUUUUCAUUUUACUGGGGAUGAGUCGGAACCUAAACCGCUUUGUGUUAUACGUAACGAAGUUCUUGCCAACAGCAGUUUAAAACCAUCACUUCUUCGUAAACAUAUAACAUACAUUGAAACCAAACAUCCGACACACAAAGAUAAACCUCUUGAAUAUUUCAAAAGAAAAUUAGCAGAUAUCAAAAAGUGUAGCCUUUCUUCUUUCUUGACUUCAAACGAAGAUAGUAAAAUGGCCCUUGAAGCAUCAUUUCGAGUAAGUUAUAGAAUUGCAAGAUCUGGACAAGCGCAUACAAUAGCAGAAAAUUUAAUUGGACCAUGUGCGAAAGAUAUCGCCAAAUGUAUGCUUGGGGAAAAGGCAGCAAAGAAAAUUGAGCUAGUUCCCUUAUCAAACAACACGGUGUCGCGUAGAAUUAAUGACUUGGCUAAUUAUGUGGAGAACGAAACUUCUAAAAAGAAUAAAAUUGAAUUAUUUUGCAAUUCAACUUGA